AUGGCCUAUCGACCAAGCCAUAUUGCCGCCGGUGCUAUGUACCUCUCGAGGUUGAUACUGGACCGUGGCGAAUGGGACGACAUCAUUGCCUUUUACGCUGGCUAUACGGAAGAUGAGAUCGAGCCGAUAGUUCAACUGAUGGUUGACUACCUCGCACGACCCACCAUCCACGACGCCUUCUUCAAGAAAUAUGAACGGAAGAAGUUUCUCAAAGCCUCAAUGAUUGCUCAGGGAUGGGCAAGGGUUAAUGCUCGCCAUUUCGAUAUCGUAGACGUCAAGCUUAGUCUCGACCAUAUCUCUUGA